AUCUCCAUUGCCACUGCCGAUCAAAUCUUAACACCGGUUUUCAUUUCUCUCAAACGAAAAAAAAAAAAAAAAAGCAACGUAAUAUAAACAACACAUUAUUCGAUCGAAUUGAAUCCAUGCGAUCAAACUGAAAAGGGAAAAAAAAAAUUAAAACCAAUGAACAACGUAUGAAAAUUUUUCGAAAUCACGAAGAAGAAAAGGGUAGGUGCAUUGUGAUUGGGUUUGGUGGAAUCACAAGUGAUGGAAGUGAAGGUGCCGAGGGUUAAGCUGGGGUCGCAGGGCCUCCACGUCUCGAAGCAAGGCCUUGGCUGCAUGGGCAUGUCCUUUCUCUACGGCCCCCCCAAGCCCGAGGCCGAUAUGAUCAAGCUCAUCCAUCACGCCGUCGAUUCCGGCGUCACAUUUCUCGACACCUCCGACAUCUACGGGCCCUACACCAACGAAACCCUCAUAGGCAAGGCCUUGAAAGGGGUAGCGAGAGGAAAAGUGCAAAUAGCUACAAAGUUUGGGAUAACCACAAAGGAUGGGAAUACGGAGAUACGUGGCGACCCACAAUAUGUGAGGGCAGCAUGUGAAGCAAGCUUGAAGCGUCUUGGCGUUGACUACAUUGAUUUGUACUACGCUCAUAGGAUUGAUACCCGAGUGCCAAUUGAAGUCACGAUGGGAGAACUAAAGAAACUCGUUGAAGAGGGGAAGGUAAAAUAUGUUGGUCUGUCUGAGGCCUCUGCUUCAACAAUCAGGAGGGCUCAUGCUGUUCAUCCAUUAACUGCAAUUCAGAACGAAUGGUCUUUGUGGUCAAGGGAUUUGGAGGACGAAAUAGUUCCCACAUGCAGAGAACUUGGCAUUGGAAUUGUUGCAUACAGUCCACUUGGGCGGGGUUUCUUUUCUUCAGGUGCUCAUUUGAUACAGAAUUUGCCAGAUGGUGACAUGCGAAAGAGUCUCCCAAGGUUCCAGAGAGAAAAUCUCGAAACGAACAAGGUGGUAUUCGACAAGGUAACUGAGAUGGCAGCACGAAAGGGUUGCACCCCGUCUCGACUGGCGUUGGCCUGGGUCCACCACCGAGGAGACGAUGUGUGUCCCAUACCGGGCACCACCCAGAUCACAAACUUGAACCAAAACAUAGGAGCUCUCUCUGUGAAACUAACUCCACAAGAUAUGGCUGAACUCGAGUCCUACGUCUCCGCUGAUACCGUGAAGGGUGAAAGACAUGCUCUGAUGGCUAGCACUUGGAUCGCCUCCGAGACACCUCCGCUCUCCUCUUGGAAAGCUGAGUAGGUACGAACGAUCCACGUGUUUUCUUCGUUCUCCACACGAAUACAAUAAUUCCCAUGACUCAAAACAAGUAGACUGUUUAGGUUUGUAGCUAUCUUCGUGUUCACUGAAUAAUGGUUGAAUGAUGGAAAGACUUGAUACAUAUAGCUCUUCUGUUUUA